AUGGAAGAGGAUAAGAAGAGGAGGCUUGAGGAAACAGAGAAGAAGCCGAAUUGUCUAUCGAUGGAAAGUAUCCAUGUAUCCGUGAGAAGAAAAACGAGUGUAGGAUCAACGAAUUCACAAAUUACAGAAACAAAAAAUAAGCAUGGAGUAUAUCCAAUAUCAGAAAAUAAUUUAAAAAUAGAAGAAGGAGAAAACAGAAGCAAAAGAGCAGAAGAAUUAUUAGAAAUAUUUGUUAGUAACAUCUUCGAAAAUGAACAUACAUUAUUCAUUUAUUGCAAAUAUGUGAUGUUGCACUAUGGAAAAGACUUAAUAGAAGAAAAUAAAGUGGAUGAAUUAAAUUUUGAAAUGAUAAAUGGAGGAAUUACAAAUAUUCUUGUAAAAGUAGAAGACACAUCUAAAAAAGCAAAAUAUUUGAUAAGACUUUAUGGACCUAAAACAAAUGAAAUUAUAAAUAGAGAUCGAGAAAAGAAAAUUUCCAUUAUUUUAUAUGAUAAAAAUAUUGGGAAAAAAAUUUAUGUAUUUUUUCCAAAUGGAAGAAUUGAAGAGUUCAUGGAUGGAUAUGCACUCUCAAGGGAAGAUAUAAAAAAUCCAAUAUUUCAAAAAUUAAUUGCAAAAAAUUUGAAAGCUCUACAUGAUGUUAAAUUAAAUGAUACAUUGUAUAAAGAAUUACAGAAUUCUCAGAAUGUUCAAGGAACUAGACCAUCUUUCUUGUGGAGUACCAUUUGGAAAUAUUUCAAUUUGCUGAAUGAAGAACGAAAACAAAUUUGUUCUUUUGAUGCAAAAGCAAAUAUUUUAAAACUUAUUGAUUUUGAUGUUUUACAAAACACUAUACAGGAAAUAGAAAAAUUAUGUAAAAUGGAAAAUUCUCCCAUUGUUUUAUGUCACUGUGAUUUAUUGUCUUCAAAUAUUAUUAGCACAUUUGAUACAUCCAAGGUGGUGGUGAGUACAGAAUCUGCUGUAUCUUCUAAAUCCAAUGAAUGCGAAUCUAAUACAGAUUCUGUUUCAUCUAACAUAGAUGUAAAGGGUGGUAGUAAUCUCAUAUCGACAGAUAAAAAGAACAUCUCGUUUAUCGAUUUUGAAUAUGCUUGUCCAAUGGAAAGAGCAUACGACAUAGCUAAUCAUUUCAAUGAAUAUGCUGGGUUUAAUUGUGAUUGGGAUUUGACUCCUUCUAGGGAUGAAGAAUAUCAUUUCAUAAAGCAUUACUUGAAUACAGACGAUGAAAAUUUAAUUAAUAAACUGAUUCAAGAAAUACAACCAUUUUAUAUAUGUUCUCAUAUUUAUUGGGGAUUAUGGUCCUUACUACAAGGUCUUCAUUCGUCUAUUGAUUUUGAUUUUAUUAAUUAUGGGAUGACUCGAUUGACAGCGUCCUGUUUACCCAUCUUUAGAUCCAAGGUAUCCAACACGGGUUCUUGA